GUCUCAGCCAAUUUCUUCUGAAUUCAGGCCACUGCUUGACCAAAGUGUCGGAUAUGGGGUUGUAGUUGGUAUGCCAUCUUAGAUAUCGACCCAUCGGACUCCUGAAAAAAUAUCUCUGCAGGAGUGGGAUUCUUCUUCGCAUUUGUCAUGCUGGUUUUGACCAGCUUGCAAUCAAAAUUCUCAAGAUUUGCACCUAGUUCUUCUGAAGAAUUCACAAGUGCUUCCAGAAGCGUCAAGCCUGGACUAGUGUGCUGUGGCAUUGUUAGCGCGUGGACAUGGAGUGCAACUCUACUGCAGUCCAGUACUGUCGCCUAUACUCUUGGUGUUAGUGGUCCCUGGUGGUACGGUGCUGGUGGGUCUAUACAAGUGGCCAUGUUUGGCAUGGUUGCAGCGAAGGUAAAAAUGAACGCCAACGGAGCUCAUACGUUCCUUGAAAUUGUCAAGGCCCGUUUCGGCACGGCAACGCAUCUGCUUUUUACUGUCUAUGCUUUUAUAUGCAUCUUGGUUGUAUGUGGAUCAUUGCUCUUGGGAGGUGCUGCGACUGUGAACGCACUGACCGGGAUGAAUACAAUUGCAGCGUGCUUCCUUCUCCCUAUAGGUAUCGCGGUUUAUGUUGUCUUCGGUGGUUUACGCGCAACAUUUAUCUGCGAUUGGACUCAUACCAUCAUUCUCUUCAUCAUUAUAUACAUCUUUUUGUUUCGCGCCUUUGGGACGUCUCCAGAAAUAGGCAGUGUACCUCGAAUGUACGAAUUGCUCGUACAGGCUGCUGUGGAUACGCCAGUUUCAGGGAACGAGAAUGGAAGUUAUUUGACCUUGAAGUCAAACCAAGGGCUUGUAUUUGGUGCGGCGUCGCUGUUAUCCGGUUUUGCUGGGGUUUUCUGUGAUCAGGCUAGCCAUCCCAGUGGGACAACUAAGGCCUACAUGUUGGGCGGAAUAUCCUGGUUUGCCGUUCCCUGGGCAUUUGGCUCCUGUCUUGGCCUGAGCGCUCGUGCACUACAAACGAACCCCCUUUUCCCUACUUAUCCUGCUCCCCUCUCGGCUGAACAAACCAGUGCAGGGCUUGCUGCUGCUGCCGCGGCUUCCGUUCUCAUGGGCAAGGGCGGUGCCAUAGCAUUAUUGCUCGUCGUAUUCAUGGCUGUCACAUCGGCGGCUAGUUCAGAACUGAUAGCUGUGUCGAGCAUAGUUAUAUACCGAACUUAUUGGCGUCCACAAGCUACUGGUGCAGAAAUUGUGCGAGUUUCUCACUAUUUCAUCUGUAUAUGGGCAAUAUGGAUGGGCUGCUGGGGUACUAUCGUAAGUUGUCUUAAUAAAGCCAACAUCGAUCUUGGUUGGGUAAGAUAUACAGUUAUAUUCGCCGUGAUGACUGCUAACUGUUCCUUAGGAGUCGUUCUGAGCUCCGCGGUCAUUCCGAUCGUGCUUACUGUGCUGUGGUCUAAACUUACACGUGCUGGUGUUCUCUGUGGCUCUGUAAUUGGCGCUUGUCUCGGUAUGCUGGCCUGGAUGAUUGGGUGUUGGAAGAUAUAUGGUACAAUAAACAUCACCAACUUAGCAGAGCCUUAUUCUGCUGUUUGUAGCGGUUUGACUGGGGUGCUAACCUCAGGGCUCAUCACAGUAUUCGUAUCAUUGAUGAGGCCCAGCAAAUAUGAUUUUGCUGGAACGAGAGCAAUUGCGUUGCUUGAUGCACCGAGCGGUGGCAUCGUGUCGGAUUUAGAGAAGCUUGGACCAGACCUGGAUACCAAGAGUAGAGUCUGUAUCUCAGCGGAAGCCGUCGUUGAAAAUAGUCCAAGCAGAGAUGUGUUACAACAAAUAUUCCAGCGGGCCGCAUGGUACUCGUUCGCGAUGUCUGCUAUAGUUAUUAUCGUCGUUCCUAUUCCGAUGUUCUUUUCUCGCUAUAUCUUCAGUGAACGUUUUUUCGCGUUCUGGGUGGCUUGUUCGAUCGUGUGGGUCUUUCUCAGUGGCUCUUUCUGCAUCAUUUUACCUCUCUGGGAAUCGAGGGUGGAAAUGACUGCAAUAAUGAGUGAAGGUUUUAUGUCUUUGAAGAACCUGGUCUAUUCGCGAUCAAACAAAUGAUGACAGUAACGCAUCUGUUGAUCAAGGUCAUGAGCGUCAGGGUUCCAUUAAGAGAUGACGAAGAAAUGGAAAUGUAUGUUUGGCUAGGGGCAGUGGCGAUUUGCUAAAUAGAAAAGUCGAGAUGUACGUCUCCCCAGGGCCUGUAAAUAUAAUCCUACACACAUGAUCUUGUUGACUGAAAGGUAUGACCACGAUCAAUAGAUCUAUGUUUCCAAAGUAGUCGAGAGUAGUCGAUAACAGUUUGAUAGCUGUGCCUUGACCUGCACGUGUACAGCCUCCAUAACCCCAGCCAAUGUGAUCAGAUGUGAUUAUGACCGUGUUCCCCGAAAUUGGAAUAAGUGCAUCUAUUUUAUGGUAACAUCAUGAUGUUUGGUUCGUACUACGCCGUAAAUACUCUGAUAGUGUAUCGCCCGGUGGUACUGCUAUUGGGAAGCAUCAUCAGAGACAACAGCCUUACGAACAGAUUUUGGCAUGGUGAGUACUUGGAUUCCUUUUUCUCUCUCCAACA